UGGACGUAUACCAUAGCGUGUAAGGCGGAAAUUUGAAUGAUAGUGACUAGUACACAUCAAAAAUUUUCGGUUUUAAAGGCAGGAAAGUAGAAGAGAUUAUUGUGUGCCGACUACCUCCUAUACAGUGCGUUAGAUAAAUGCAAAUACUGUGAAAAGUGGCAGCCCAGCUAUUUGCUCAAAUCGGUGUGGCACGAGUUUUUGUUCGCAUGUUACUACCUUGCGCAAGAGAACAUCGACCAUGCAUAUGUUUAUGGCAAGCCUUAGUUUGCUCUAUAUCUACUGGAUUACAACGACUGUUUUGCCUAAACAGUCACAGCGUGAACAGAUUUUUGUAAACACAUCGAACGUCAUUUUUAUUACCGACAGGGAAUACCUCAGUAUUGCCAUAGACACUGCCCUUAUACGCAACGGAUGGGUGCGACGAAAUCUUUGUUCCAGGGAAUUAAUUGCUCUCACAAGGCCACUUGCACCAGCAUAUCUCCGAAUGGGAGGAACUGCAGCAGAUCAGCUUAUUUUUGUACCAAAUGAGGAAACGAAUCAAGAAGAUUUAUUGUUAUUGAAGCCUUUGGUGGAUGCUAAAGCAGAACAUGUGGAUUAUUGUGAUUAUGGCUACCAUUGUAACCGUAAUAUCUCGGAUACAUUCAAUAUGACAGUGGAAGACUGGUUGACAAUGAAUCGUUUUGUUAAAGAAACUGAUCUGCGGCUGUUGUUUGACUUGAAUGUGUUGUUGAGGCAUAACAACACGUGGGACAGUACAAAUGCAAAGAAGUUGUUAACUGUAUCAACAGGUUUUGCUUGCAAUGUUUCAUGGCAACUUGGAAAUGAACCAAAUUCAUUCAAACAUGUUUUUGGUGUCAACAUAUCAGCGAAACAGCUUGGGAAGGACUUUAAAGAACUUCGUCGAUUGCUGGAUGAAUUUCCUUCCUGCUACAAGAACUCUAAUUUAGUGGGACCAGAUGUGACUAGACCUAAACUACUUCAGUUGCCAUCUGCUAGUUUUAUGCACAAGUUCUUGAAGGCUGCUAAUGGUACUGUCCGUGCUGCUACAUUUCACCAGUAUUAUGUGAAUGGUAGAACUGCAAAGCUGAGCGACUUUCUUAACACAAGUGUGCUAGAUCAACUUGAGGAUGAAAUCAAUGUAAUGAAAUUGGCUGUACAUACUGUGGACAAUAGUUUACCACUAUGGUUAACAGAGACGAGUUCAGCAUGGGGUGGUGGUGCCAAAGGCCUUUCUGACACGUAUGCUGCAGGCUUCAUGUGGCUAGAUAAACUAGGACUUGCAGCUAAACUUGGAAUCAGUUUGGUCAUACGGCAGACCUUAUGUGGUGGCCAUUAUUCUCUAAUUGAUUGUGAUAAAUUUGAACCCCAUCCAGACUGGUGGCUGUCUGUGUUGUUCAAGAAACUUGUUGGACAGAAGGUAUUUUCUGUAAAACAAACAGCUUCUGACUCAGUCAGAAUGUAUGCUCACUGUGCAAAUCCUGAUGCUGGUGAAGGAUCAGUAACAUUAUAUGGGCUUAAUACUGGGAACGAACCUGUAUGGUUAAAUAUCAAAGGCUUAAAAGGACCUGCAAAUGCAUAUAUACUUAGCAGUGACAAUGGUCUUCGGUCCAGGUCAGUUUUGCUUAAUGGAAAGACACUUCAGCUCAAUAAAGACAGAACCCUGCCACCAGUAAUUCCACUCAACGUAAGUCUGGACGAGGCAAUACUGAUCCCAGGAUUUUCUCUUGGUUUCUGGGUUACUGCUGUCUACAAAGUUCAAGAAUGCUAUAUGCUGUACCUUUCAAAUACUGAACCUUACAUUUUUUAGAAUAUCAGCAUGUGUGCUGAAAAUACUUAAGUACUGUAUUUACUUGCAUAUAAAAGUUCCAAUGAAAUGUAUUACUUGCAGUAUGGUUAUAUAAAUGCUGCAAAGGAUUCUAGGAAAAUAGUUUUUUAAACAUACGUACAGUAUAAAAAUAUUUCAUCUUUGAAGACUGUUGAAUUGCCUUCCUGGACAAAGCUCUUCACUUUCUGUAUCCAACAGAUGUUUCACAGCAGUAAUCUCAAUGCAAAUCAUUCUACCAUAUGUUAUUUUCAUACUUAACUUACUGCAAGUGGAGUUAUAGUCCAAAAAAUACAACUGUUCCAGCAGUUAACUUUAUUAGUGCAAUUAAUCAGUGAUGUGUACCGUAUGUACAUUAGUGUAUAGCAUAUGGCUGUACAAUGAUAUUAUACGAUGUAUAUUCUGAAAUGUUGAGAAACAUUUGAUUCACCUAGUGAGUUGCUGUAUUAUCAAUAUAUUUACCAUAAAACAGUAAUUAUGUGUCUUUGUAGCCUUGCUGAAUUUGAUCAAUUGAUUUAUUGAUCCAUGUUUAAGCAUUUUUCAUGCAAUUGAUGUCAUCAUUUUACAUACAUUAUAUAAUUACAAAAUAAGUCGUACAUUUUUAACAUUCUGAAUGAGUAAAUAUGUUUUAUAAUGCACAUGUUUAGUAGUCAUUAAACAUAAAUUGUUGUGCAGAAUGACAAAAGGAGAUACUGUAUGUGUAACACAAUAUACAUACUAAGAAAAAACAUUUUAACGAAUAUAAAUGAGACAGGCUUAAUACAUGUUAACCAUUGGGGAAAAUGCAUUAUGUAAAUAAAGCAUAACAGCAUGGUACAAUAACAUUUUCAGAAGAACUUAUGAAAUAGGGUGGUCAUGUCAUACAGCAGUUAACUAUUGAGUAAAAAUACAUUAUGUAAAUAAAGCACAACCGCAUGAUACAAUAACAUUUUCAGAAGUGCUCAUGUAAUAUGGUGGUCAUGUCAUACAGCAGUUUUAAUAGAUUAGAUCAUUUUUAUUACAUACUUUAAAUUCUUCUAUUGUAUAGAAUGCCUUUUGUCCAAGCCACCUUUUUGUAAUAUUUUUGAAGACAUUCAGUGAUACAC